GCGGCCGUGGGUUAUAGGACACGCAGGGCGCUCGCGGGGCAGUAGUCCGCUCGUCACCGGACUCGAGGGACCCGCGUGACCCUCAGGACUGCGCAGGACAUCACAGGACCCGGAACCUUCCGACCGGGGAAUGGCGGCCGCUCCGGCCGCCCGACUCCUGCGCGCCGCCUGCGCCUCCGUCGCUUUCCGUGGCCUGGACCGCGGCUGGCUGCUGGCCUGUGCGGUCCGCGCGGGAACUGCCGUCCCCCGGUGGACCCUGAGCCCCGGCGUGCACGCAGAGGCCGGGCGGGGACGGCCGCUGAGCUUGUCUGCGCGCGCGUGGAGCAGCUCAGAAGAUAAGAUAACAGUCCACUUCAAGAACCGUGAUGGUGAAACACUAACAGCCACGGGGAAAGUCGGUGACUCUCUGCUAGAUGUUGUGGUUGAAAAUAAUCUAGACAUUGAUGGCUUUGGUGCUUGCGAGGGAACUUUGGCUUGCUCCACCUGCCACCUUAUCUUCGAGGAUCAUAUAUAUGAGAAGUUAGAUGCCAUUACCGAUGAGGAGAACGACAUGCUGGACCUGGCUUACGGACUCACAGACAGGUCACGGUUGGGCUGCCAAGUCUGUCUGACCAAGGCUAUGGACAAUAUGACCGUUCGUGUGCCUGAGGCGGUGGCGGAUGUCAGACAAUCUAUUGACAUGAGCAAGAAUUCCUAAGAUACAUUAAAAAGAAAUAUUUUCAUGAAAUUUUUACCUAUUUUUAUAAUUAUUUCCCAGUAUAAUUAAAUGAUUACACAACAGAA